UGGGGCUGGGGGGGGGAGAGGCCAAUGACACUCUGCUCGCCUCAAAGGAAAGCACUUGCAGAGCGAAAGAAAAAACAAAAAAAAAGGCUGAAGUGGGCUGAAGCAUGGGCUGUGCUUCAAGUAUUCAUAUCUCUGAUAGGGUGGUCUACAACAGUGGAAAAGAGUCCGAGGAUUCCCACUCACCCCAGCAGACUAAUACCACUCAGCAUCAAGGAAAUCCUGCCUCGGGACUACCCCUGAAACCCCCGAGCUGCAAGACCCCAUUAACAGAGGUGCAAUUUGGACCAAUGAAGUUAUUUAAAGACCCACUUCAGGUACUUUUAGUUUUUGCCAAAGAGGACAGUCAGAGUAAUGGCUUCUGCUGGGCAUGUGAGAAGGCGAACUUCAGGUGCAGCAUGGCGCGAACACCCGAGUCGGCUCUUGAAUGCUUCUUGGAGAAGCAUCACGACCUUGUCAUCAUUGACCACAGACAUUCCAGACACUUUGACGCUGAAGCACUAUGCCGGUCAAUUAGAGCGGUCAACUCUUCAGAAAACACUGUGAUAGUCGCCGUUGUGAAAAGGCCAGACAGAGAAGAAGCCUCUGUGAUGCCCCUGAUCAAUGCUGGCUUUAAUAGGAGAUAUGUGGAGAAUGCCAAUAUGAUGGCCUGCUACAACGAGCUGCUACAGCUGGAGCACGGAGAGGUGCGGGCGCAGUUCAAACUGAGGGCUGGAAAUGCUAUUUUCACAGCUCUAGAACAAAGCCAGGAGGCCAUAGAGAUCACUUCUGAAGAUCAAGUAAUUCAAUACGUGAACCCUGCCUACGAGUCCACAAUGGGCUACCAACAAGGCGAGCUAAUAGGGAAGGAAAUUAUAGAAGUGCCUAAAAGUGAGAAGAAUAAGCCUGAUCUCCUUGAAACAAUAAACUCCUGCAUACGGAAAGGAAAGGAGUGGCAGGGGAUUUAUUAUGCCAAAAAGAAGAAUGGAGACAGCAUUCAACAAAAUGUGAAGAUCACACCUGUAAUUGGACAGGGAGGAAAAAUCAGACACUAUGUGUCUUUCAACAGGCCUUUAAAUGAUAAUAAUAAGAGUGAAAAACCUGGUGAACGUGUGCAGGCAGAGUCUCAGACAGACAUCCAAUCCAGUAAGCACAAAGACAGGAGGAAAGGCUCUCUGGACGUAAGAUCCACAACGUCUCGGGGGAGCGAUGGGAGCUCACAGCGGAGGCACUCCUCGAUGGCCCGAAUCCACUCCAUGACUAUAGAAGCUCCCAUCACCAAGGUAAUCAACAUCAUCAAUGCAGCGCAGGAGAGCAGCCCCAUGCCCGUAGCAGAAGCCUUGGACCGAGUGCUGGAGAUCCUGAGGACCACCGAGCUCUACUCCCCACAGUUCGGCAACAAGGAUGAAGACCCCCAUACGAAUGACCUCGUGGGUGGGCUGAUGACGGAUGGUUUACGCAGAUUGUCAGGAAACGAAUACAUACUUUCCACAAAACAUGCCCACCAUAUCCCCAGCCAGCUGACAACUCCUCUGUCCAUAAAUGACAUCCCCCCUCGCAUCGCCAAAACCAUGGAGAUUGAGGACUCUUGGGACUUUGACGUCUUCAACUUGGAGGCCGCAACCAUGAAACGGCCUUUGACCUACUUGGGCCUGAAGAUCUUCUCCCGCUUUGGGGUCUGUGAAUUCCUAAACUGCCCUGAGGCAACUCUGCGCUCCUGGCUUCAAUUGGUUGAAGCUAACUACCACUCCAGUAACUCCUACCACAACUCCAGUCAUGCAGCUGAUGUCCUGCACGCAACGGCCUAUUUCCUCAGCAAGGAGAGGGUCAAGCAAAGUUUGGAUCCCAUUGACGAGGUGGCUGCCCUGAUCGCUGCUACCGUGCACGAUGUGGACCACCCGGGCCGCACCAACAGCUUCCUGUGCAACGCUGGGAGCGAGCUCGCCAUCCUCUACAAUGACACAGCUGUUUUAGAGAGCCACCAUGCAGCACUGGCCUUCCAGAUCACCACGAGAGACGACAAGUGCAACAUCUUCAAGAACAUUGAAAGGAAUGAAUAUCGAACACUACGACAGGCCAUCAUUGAUAUGGUGCUCGCCACGGAGAUGACGAAACAUUUUGAACAUGUUAACAAAUUUGUCAACAGCAUCAACAAGCCACUGGCUGCUCUGGAUGAGAACGGGGCAAACAGUGACGAGGAAUCUGUCAAAGGCGUUCUGACGACUCCUGAGAAUCGUAUCCUUAUCAAGCGGAUGCUGAUCAAGUGUGCGGACAUCUCCAAUCCAUGCAGGCCUUUGGAGCUCUGCAUAGAGUGGGCUGGACGCAUCUCAGAGGAGUAUUUUGCACAGACGGACGAAGAGAAGAGACAAGGUUUACCAGUGGUUAUGCCAGUGUUUGACCGAAACACCUGUAGCAUCCCGAAGUCCCAGAUUUCCUUCAUAGACUACUUCAUAACGGACAUGUUCGAUGCAUGGGACGCUUUUGCAGACCUCCCCAAUCUUAUGCAGCACUUGGACAACAAUUUCAAGUACUGGAAAGGCCUGGAUGACAGAAAGCUGCACAGCCUACGACCGCCUCCAGAGUAGGCGCAGCCGUGUUCAGCCCUGGGACGCUGCGGUCCGGGGCAGCCGUCCUCUCUCCUGCUGGGGCUUCUCUCCCCCUGCCAGCCCGGCCAGCCAAAAGGGCCUGCUCGCCUUCACUCUCCUGCUUCUGUAGCACGCCAAGCGUCCACACAUCCGUCGGUGCAGAAAAACCACAGAAGGACUUCCUGACAGGCAGCUGCAGCAGUAAACGUUGCUGGCUUUACAGCCCUGUCAGAUGAGAACUGUGACAAACAGACACGGACACAAAUGGCAUCCUUCUGAACUUCUUGUGCCUCUCAGGCGAUCGCAGUGUAGCUGUUGAAGAGACAUAACUGAGAGAGGGUCCUCUUAUAGGUCUUUUGGCAAAGCAUCCGUCCCCCUAAUCACCAAGUGGGCUCUCCUGUUUGCCUGUGAAGUUGCUGUUAAGUAAAAACUGUUUGUUUAAGAAGAAGAAGAAGGGGGGAGCGGAUGGAAGCGUGAUCUGGAUAUUGUGUCCAGUCCUUGUCAGACCAUAUCAUCACAUGUGAUCUCAUCCCUGUGCUCGCAGCAAGGCAGGACUGCUCCUUCUGCCCCUGGAGGCCACACCAUGAAAGAACACUCCAAUGCUUGUUUUGGGCAAUAUUUUCACGUGUCCUUCAGAAACACAUUUAAGUUGACAUGUAGCUGUCACCACAGACAUAUGGGGGGGGGGGG